AUGAACAUCCCACUUAUAGUUGCUAUGAUGUGGGUUUUCGGUGCUCUGGUACACGGAAUACCCACAACUCGACACACAAACAUAAAGUGCGAGAAUCAGGAUAAAUCCUUUGGUGAAAUAAAAGAGUGUCGAUUGAAGGUCCUGGGUCGGGGAAUUAUUGGAGCUAACGUUUACUAUAAAGUAAAGAAGAUACCAGUGAAGGCGGUACAUGUCAAUUUCAGUGUGUGGAAAAGAUUGUCCGGCUACCAUCCAUUUCUAUUUAAUACUACCGUGGAUUUUUGCCACAUCAUAAAGCAUCCGAAUCCGUCAAAUGUAUUCUUCUACUUUUAUGGGGCACUACGGCCCUUCAGCAAUGCUAAUCACUCUUGUCCGUUCAACCACGACAUCAUACUCAAGGAUUUCGUUUUGGAUGACAAGAUGUUCUCAAUUGUUCCAAUUCCCAGGGGUAACUACAUGUUCGUAACAAAAAUUAUGGCUAACAACGCUUGGAGGGCGACUGUUUUUUCUUAUUUGGACAUUAAUGUUGACAAAUUGUAGAUUUUGUAUUAAAUUUAGUGCUAGCUAUAUUCGUAAUAUUAAUUUUUUGUAUAUGUGUUUACAGUCAAACCAAAUUUUCCCAAUGUUUCCCGUUUUAGCAAUGACACAAUCCAUUUGACUAACAAGGUGUAAAAUUAAAUUCAAGCCGCUUUAAUU